GCCGUACCAGGCCAGCCGCCGGUCCUUACCGUUCAAAUUCUCUAACGCAGCAUCAGAUACGACCAUAUUAACACUUGAGCUGAGACCUAAACCCAAAGCAAGUGAGAAGCAGCAAGGAGAGAGAAAUGGCCGCAGCAGCCACAAGCAAAUCCCUCCAUUCUUACCCUUCACAAGAAUCCCUCUCAUUCAGCUCCAUAACCAAAACCCACAGCUUGAAAUUCUCCAAAACCUCUUUCAGCCCCAGUUCUCAUCGUCUUCGCCUUGCCAUAAGAGCUUCUUCUUCUUCUGCAACCCUCAAUGACCCUCCUCAUCCAACACAUAACAAUCUCGAUCAUCAACUUCGGGUCCGAAUCCUCUCUGAAUCUCUCCCCUACAUCCAGAAAUUCAGGGGCAAGACCAUCGUCGUCAAAUACGGCGGCGCCGCCAUGAAAUCCGCUGAGCUCAAGGCCUCUGUUGUCAGAGACCUCGUCCUUCUCUCCUGCGUCGGCCUCCGCCCCGUCCUCGUCCACGGCGGCGGUCCUGAAAUUAACGUCCUUCUCAAUCAGCUUAACAUCCCCGCUCAGUUCCGUGACGGCCUCCGUGUGACCGACGCCAGGACCAUGGAAGUUGUUUCCAUGGUCCUCGUAGGCAAGGUCAACAAGGACCUCGUCUCUCGUAUCAACUUCGCCGGAGCCACUGCUGUCGGCCUCUCCGGUAUGGACGGACGCCUUUUGACUGCCCGGCCUAGCCCAAACGCCGCCCAGUUGGGAUUUGUUGGAGAAGUCGCGAGAGUGGACCCAACAGUCCUGCAACCGCUUGUGGACAUCGGACACAUCCCGGUGAUUGCUUCAGUGGCGGCGGAUGGGUUUGGGCAGCCUUACAACAUCAAUGCGGACACGGUAGCUGGUGAGGUGGCGGCGGCGUUGGGGGCGGAGAAGCUGAUUCUGUUGACUGACGUGGCGGGGAUUUUGAGAAACAGGGAAGACCCUGGGAGCUUGGUGAAAGAGAUUGAUAUAAAGGGAGUGAAGAAGAUGAUUGAGGAAGGGAAGGUUGGUGGUGGGAUGAUUCCAAAGGUGAAUUGUUGUAUCCGAUCGCUUGCUCAAGGGGUCACCACUGCUAGCAUUAUCGAUGGUCGUGUUGAGCACUCGUUACUUCAUGAGAUUAUGACCGAUGAAGGCGCUGGCACCAUGAUCACUGGUUAACUUAUAACUCUACUCUUUCUUCUUUUGUAACUCUUUCUACUUAUUGCAAUGCAAGUCUGAGUUACUCAUUGAUUUUCCCUUUCAUACA